GAUAACACAAGUUUUAUUUCAACUUGUAAUCAAUGUAAAAUUAUUUAUUUUUACUCAAAGUAAUAUCGAUUAACAUAUUCAUUAACAUUUAUUAGUUAAUUCUUAUUUAAAUUAAAAUUGUUUUUACUAUAAUAAUAUUCACAAUGUCAAAAGUUUCGUUUUCAACAUUGGCAUAUUGUAAAAUUGUUGGGCAUGCUGCUAAAUAUCCACAUUGUGAAGUAAAUGGUUUACUAAUUGCCGAAUCCUCAAAUAAAGGUGACAAUUUGAUUAUUGUUGAUUCAGUUCCUCUGUUUCAUCAAUGCCUACAUGUAUCGCCCAUGUCUGAAAUAGCACUUACACAAAUUGAUCAAAUAGCCAGUUCAUGUAAUAUGUAUAUUGCUGGAUAUUAUUUAGCCAAUGAAACUCUAGAUGACUUGAGUCAUGAUAAGCCAGCUCAUAAAAUAAUUGAUAAAAUAGCCGAAUAUGAAUCAGGUGUCUGUUUAGUUGUUAUUAAUAAUAGAUUGAUUGGAAUAAAUCAGAAAGAAAGUGCUCUUAUUGUACACAGACAAGAAGAGGGGAAAUGGAAACGUCAUAAUGGACAAGUUGAUAAUGGAACUUUAGAAGCUGCAUCAGCGGUGCUUCAGCAGCAAUUGUAUACCAAUUUAAUAGACUUUGACAAUCAUUUAGACAACUUGUCUAAAGAUUGGCUUAACUUAGAAUUUGCCAGUUCAAUAGAGAAAUUGUGUGGACAAGAAAAUGAAAAAAAAUUGGCUAUUAAUGAAUUAAUAUCUUGACAAUUGGAUUGGGAUGAGGGAAUGAAACAAAUAAAAUUUUAAAGUAUUCAUUUCAAAUUUAGCUCUUUAAGUUAAUUAAAAACUAAAGAUUUAAUAAUGAUUUACAAUUAUUUUUUUUUUAUAAAAUUAGUGCUUUUUAUUAUAACUGUUAGUAGUUAUAACUAUAAUUAUUAAAUGUUAUUGUUUAUCAGCACAUAAUUUCUUAAUGUAUAACUUUUCUAUUUGUAAAGAAUAAUUUAUAGUUAAAUUUUCAUAUUUCAAUUUCUAAAAUGAAUGCAUUUUAAUGUUCUUUUAAAAAAUAUUUACUUCUUUAGUAUGAGUGUGCUGUAAGUUAGAUACGAAUAAUAAAAGCUAACACGAGCUAGGGCUUAUUACUCAUAAUUUUCAUUGUCAAAAAUAUACUAUGUAUUCUCAUGUAUUUAUAUGUAUUAUAUGUAUUUGUUGAGACAUGAAAUUUACCAAUUUAAAUCAUAAAUUGUAGUAAAGCAUUGAACUUUUUGCAUAUUUGUUUCCCAAAGUAAAUGUAAUUUAUUUUUUUAUUUAUGGGGUGUUAAAUUAUAAGUAACUAAUUAAAUUUUUUUGUAUUAAUUACCAAAUUA